CAUCCCUCCCAGAGGAAAGAGCUCAGAGGAUGAACGAUCUAAUAAUUGCCAAGGAGUUUUGCAAUAAAUAAAGAGUUUUACAAUAAACCUUUGCAAUAAGGAAAUGUAAGAGAAGCUCCAAGAGAAAGGAGUGUAUAACAAGAGGGAGGCAGUCAGGGCAAGAAGAGACUAUUUUGCUGGCUCAAGAGCAAAAUGUCUGUCAGCAGAAAGGUAGAAGAUGCCCUACCUCCAUCAAAGAAUGAACACAAAGAGAACACAGCAAGUGCCUCUUUGUGCAGCCAGUAUGAAGAGAAAGUCCGUCCUUGCAUUGACCUCAUUGAUUCCCUGAGAGCUCUUGGUGUGGAAAAGGACUUGGCGUUGCCAGCAAUUGCUGUGAUUGGAGAUCAGAGCUCUGGGAAGAGUUCUGUCCUCGAAGCGCUGUCUGGAGUUGCUCUUCCCAGAGGCAGUGGUAUUGUUACUAGAUGUCCCUUAGAGCUCAAACUGAAGAAAACACAGCACACAAAAGAAUGGAAAGGGAAGAUUGAGUAUUCAGACACAAAACAAGACCUGAAUAGUGCGUCAGAGGUGGAAGCUGCAGUGAUAAGAGCCCAGAAUGCAAUGGCUGGUGAAGGCGUGGGCAUUAGCCACAAAUUAAUUAGCCUGGAAAUUAGCUCCCACAAUGUUCCAGACCUUACUCUGAUUGAUCUGCCAGGGAUUGCAAGAGUGGCUGUGGGUAACCAGCCAGCAGACAUUGGACAACAGAUAAUAUCAUUAAUUAAGAAAUACAUUACCAAACAAGAAACCAUCAAUUUGGUGGUAGUGCCAGGUAAUGUAGAUAUUGCGACAACAGAGGCACUGAAAAUGGCUCAGGAGGUAGACCCUCAAGGAGAGAGAACCCUUGGAAUUGUGACUAAGCCUGACUUAGUUGAUAAGGGAACUGAGGAAGAAAUAGUUGACGUAGUCCGGAAUCAGAGAGUUCCUCUCAGAAAAGGUUACAUGAUAGUUAAAUGUCGUGGACAGAAGGACAUCAACAAAAAAGUGGGUCUGAGAGAUGCAAUCCAGAAUGAGAGAAGAUUUUUUGAAAAUCACAUCAUUUUCAGAUCUCUCUUGGAGGAGGGCAAAGCAACCAUCCCAAUUCUGGCAGAACGGCUUACCCAGGAACUAAUAGAGCACAUUAAUAAAUCAUUGCCCACUUUAGAGAAGCAAAUAAAGGACAAACUUGAGGCAGCAAAUAUAAAGCUGCAGCGAUGUGGCCAAGGCGUACCUGAAACACGGGAUGGCCAGAUGCUUUUUCUUAUAGAAAAAAUAAAACAUUUUAAUCAGGCCCUCUCAAAAAUAAAGGAGGGAGAAGAUGUUUUAAUGGCUACCAGAAAACAAAGGUUGCUCACAUCAUUGCGGCAGUCCUUUAACCAGUGGCAAACUGAGAUUAACAGCAAUGAAUUAGAUGUGAGAGAUAAUAUGAGAGAAGAAGUUUCAAACUUUGAAAAUAAAUAUCGGGGCAAAGAACUCCCAGGAUUUGCCAACUACAAGACAUUUGAAGUCAUUAUAAAACAGCAAAUUGAGAAGCUGAAAUUUCCUGCUAUUGAGAUGUUGAAGGAAGUAGCAGAACAUGUGCGAGAAACAUUUGUUGAAACUGCCUUCGAACACUUCAAAAAUUUUCAGUAUCUUUUCAGAGCAGCUCAGAACAACAUUGAAGAUAUAAAACAGAAGCAAGAGGAGAAAGCAGAAUCUCAAAUCAUGAUUCACUUUAAAUUGGAAAGUGUCGUGUACUGCCAGGACCAAAUUUAUAAUGAUGCUAUAAAGGAUGCUAGAACAAAAGCUCCUUUUCUGUUUUCACCAAUGAAGAAUGUUUCAUAUCCUGUGCAGAAAUGCUCAUUGGAAGAAAUGGCUUACCACCUGAAUGCCUACUUCAAAAGUGCUGGCAUCCGGCUUGGCACACAGAUUCCCAUGAUUAUUCUGGGAUAUGUUCUCCAUGAUUAUGCUGAGGAGUUACAGAAUGCAAUGAUGCAGCUAUUGCAGGAUAAGGAUCAGUUUGGUAUUCUCCUCCAGGAGCGAAAAGAUUCUGCAGGUGAAAGGGCUACUCUAAAGGAGAGGAUCAAGCGUCUCACCAAAGCUCGACAGCGCCUAGCAAGAUUCCCUGUUUAAACAAGAAGUGUUUCUCUCCCUUCCCCACAACUCCCAAGGUCCAGGGCUUGCAAAAAGGGGGACCCAAACCUCUGAUUCUCUCUCUCUGCCCUCUCUUCUCCACAACUUUCGCAAGAUCCAGGGCUUGCAAAAAGGGGCACCCAAAUCUCUGAUUUCUCUCUCUGUCUUCCAAGGUCCAGGGCUUGCAAAAGGGGGGGGGGGGAUCCAAACCUCCAAUUCCCCCCCCCUCCCUUCUCUACUAGCUUUUCCAAGGCUCACAGAGUAAUAUUACUGUGUACAUAAGUUGACCUAGGAUUUUGGAGCCCAUUUUUGGGCUUAAAUUUUUUGACUUAUAGAUGAAUAUAUAUGGGAAAUGAAACUACAGUUAACAGCGAAUUCUAUAUUUCCAGCAGAGUUUGACCAUAGAGUUACACUCAAGAAUCUCAGGUGUGUAGAUGUGAUCAUGGGUAAGUGAAACUACAGUUACAGGUCCUGCAGAUACAGGGGUUCUAGUGUAUUUGGGGGGGGGGGAACCCACACACAAUAAGACAGUGAAUGUGAGUUUCUAUAUGGGUUCUGUGGGAUUUACCACUUAACCCGCUGCUUUUCCACCAGGUGUGAGGCCUCCACUAAACCUCCACUACCACCAAAUGUGAAGAUUUCCACAAAUCUGCUUAACAUCAAGAACAAGGACUUUCCCUUGUCUCCACCUUUCCCUUGUCCACAAUGUAAAGAUCUCCUUCUUGUCUACUGCUGUGGUGACCAGCUGAGGACCUCUUAGAUGCUCUUAAGGUGCUUGUGUGAAAUAUUAUACCAGUAGUGAAGAAAUAUUAUAUUUCUUCACUACUGCCACCACAGGCACCUUGGCUGAAACCAAGCUUUCUAAUAUAUAGUGUUCCUGGAGGCCAAACACAUAAAAAUACAAAAAUACUUCAUUAACAGAAGUUGAGCUUAACCAAACAGAUUAUUUAAUACAUUUGAAACACAGCUCACUCUCUCCACUCAUUGCUAAUUCAGACUCUUAAACACCACUCCUAAACGUGACAAACUCUCAUAACCCAAAUCCGCACUUCAUUCGCUCCUUCCUCUCCAACUACUCUAACUAGCUUUUUUUGUGAGCCAUCUUGGGUCCCUUUUUUGGGAGAGACAGUAUUAACUAUCAUCCACCAACCUUAUUGAAAUUUCCUCAAGACAUUCCACCCGACAUCAGCCAUUUCCAACAUUUCAUUCCCUCACACGCUCCUGACAGGUUCUUAUCCUGUUAUCUCUAAUGCACAACACAAACUUAAACAAAUUACCUUAACAUAUAGUAAAUCAUGACAUCACAACUUCCUCCUAGAAAAUGUAGAUUUGAGUUUCUAAUUAUUACUGGUUUAGGCUUGAAACAUGGUGGUGGUGGUGGUGGUGGUGUUUUUAAGAUUGUAAGUAUUUACUGUUUUGUCCAUUAGCAUUGUGGCUUCACAUGCAGAGUUUGCUGUGCAAAGCAUAACCUUGGCUUUUAGAAUAAAAAUGUCACCCCUGAA